GGGACUCUCAGGAGUCUUCUCCAACACCACGUUUCAAAAGCAUCGAUUCUUCAGUGCUCAGCCUUCUUUAUGGUACCAGCUUCUGGAAUUUCUGAGCAGCUCUGGUCAGUACAAGAUGGACCCAGUAGUCUUGAGUUACAUGGACAGUCUACUGCGGCAAUCAGACGUCUCACUACUGGAUCCUCCAAGCUGGCUCAAUAACCAUGUUAUUGGGUUUGCCUUUGAGUACUUUGCCAACAGUCAAUUUCAUGACUGCUCUGAUGAAGUCUGUUUCAUCAGCCCCGAAGUUACUCAGUUCAUCAAGUGCACUGGCAACCCAGCAGAAAUCGACAUGUUCCUUGAACCCUUGGACCUCCGCAAUAAGAGAGUUAUAUUUUUAGCCAUCAAUGAUAAUUCCAGCCACGCAGCUGGGGGAACCCACUGGAGCUUGUUGGUUUAUCUGCAAGAUAAAAAUGGCUUUUUUCAUUAUGAUUCUUAUGGUGGAAGUAACUCAUUCCAUGCAAAACAGGUAGCAGAGAAACUAGAGGCUUUCUUAGGCAGAAAAGGAAACAAACUGGCCUUUGUGGAAGAGAAAGCCCCUGCUCAACAAAACAGCUAUGACUGUGGGAUGUACGUGAUAUGUAACACUGAGGCCUUGUGUCAGAACUUCUUUAGACAACAGCCAGAAUCACUACUGCAGCUACUCACUCCUACAUACAUCACAAAGAAGAGAGAAGAAUGGAAAGAUCUCAUUGCCAGACUUGCCAAAAAUUAGCUGUUGAAAUAUGUUUGACUCUUGAAGUCUCUUUCUGCCUGUCCCCAUGAAUUGGAUGGCUGCAGUCUCAGUGCCUGAGGGAAGAUGC